CAAGAACAACAGCUCGUCAGACACCUCGGUAGCUUUCUAGCAAACACAACUACAACAUUCACGCUCUUUACACUGUUUUGGUGUAUAUUAGUCAAUGUGCAUUAAACACACUUCUGUCGUAUGUACUUGUUGGCCCAUUUAAUUAUAUAUUUAGGUUGUUUGUCAGCUAGCUGGUUUGCUAAAUUCGCUUAAAACUAGGCUAGUCGCUAAUGCUAACUAGCUAAUAUCCCCGACCAUGAGUUCACUAAGCUACUCUCCUCCUGAUAAAGAAGAGGUCUGCUGGACGGAGAAAGAAGGUCUUGUGAAAGAGGAGGAGGAAGAGAAGGAUGUCACACUACAAAAACAAGUAGAGGGUGAGACUCUUACCGUGAAAAAAGAAGAGGAAGACGCGUUCAGAGUGAAAGAGGAGGAGGACGUUACAGUAAAAGAAGAGGGAGAAGAGAAAGUGGGUGCAGUUUUUGGAGAGGAGGGGGAGAUGACUGUAACAUUGGAGGAAGAAGAGGUUGGAGAUCUGUUUAACACCAGAGAGAUACCUCACUAUCGUGGAUCCUCUGGGGAGCCUCAACAACCUCAUGAUGCUGAACAGUCAGAGAAGAGUCUCUCCAGAUCAGAACACCUCAAUAAACACCUGCAGAGAUCCACAGGGAAGAGAACUCACUACUGCUCUGACUGUGGGAAGAGAUUCACCUCAUCAGGCAUAAAAAUUCAUCAGAGAACACACACCGGAGAGAAACCUUUUUGCUGUGUUCAAUGUGGGAAGAGUUUUGGUCAAUCUGGCCAUCUGACAGUGCACCAGAGAACACACACAGGAGAUAAACCUUAUAGUUGUGGUCAAUGUGGGAAGAGUUUUUCAACAUCUGGCUCUCUGACGCUGCACCAGAAAACACACACAGGAGAGAAAUCUUAUAGGUGUGGUCAAUGUGGGAAGAGUUUUGGUAGAUCUUGCUAUCUGACUCAACACCAAAAGACACACACAGGAGAAAAACCGUAUAGCUGUGGUCAAUGUGGGAAGAGUUUUGGUCAAUCUUGCCAUCUGACUCAACACCAGAAGACACACACGGGAGAGAAAUCUUAUAGUUGUGGUCAAUGUGGAAUGAGUUUUCUUCGAUCUGGAGAGUUGACAGUGCACCAGAGAAUACACACAGGAGAGAAACCUUACAGCUGUGAUCAAUGUGGGAAGAGUUUUGCUGCAUCUAGAACUCUGACGCAACACCAGAGAACGCACACAGGAGAGAAACCUUAUCGCUGUGGUCAAUGUGGGAAGAGAUGUUCAACAUCUGGCCAUCUGACUGUACACCAGAGAACACACACAGGAGAGAAACCUUACAGCUGUGAUCAAUGUGGGAAGAGAUUUUCAACAUCUGGCCAUCUGACUGUACACCAGAGAACACACACAGGAGAGAAACCUUACAGCUGUGAUCAAUGUGGGAAGAGUUUUGGUCAAUCUGGAGAGCUGACAGUGCACCAAAGAACACACACAGGAGAGAAAUCUUACACCUGUGAUCAAUGUGGGAAGAGUUUUGCUGCUUCGAGAACUCUGACUCAACACCAGAGAUUACACACAGGAGAGAAAUCUUAUAGCUGUGGUCAAUGUGGGAAGAAAUGUACAACAUCUGGCUCUCUGACUGUACACCAGAGAACACACACAGGAGAGAAUCCUUAUAGCUGUGAUCAAUGUGGGAAGAAAUGUACUACAUCUGGCUCUCUGACUGUACACCAGAGAACACACACAGGAGAGAAUCCUUAUAGCUGUGAUCAAUGUGGGAAGAAAUGUACUACAUCUGGCUCUCUGACUGUACACCAUAGAACACACACAGGAGAGAAACCUUAUAGCUGUGAUCAAUGUGGGAAGAGUUUUACUACAUCUGGCAAUCUGACUGUACACCAGAGAACACACACAGGAGAGAAACCGUACAGCUGUGGUCAAUGUGGAAAGAGUUUUGCACUAUCUAAAACUUUGACUCAACACCAGCGAAUACACACAGGAGAGAAAUCUUAUAGCUGUGAUAAAUGUGAGAAGACUUUUGGUCAAUCUUGCCAUCUGGUAUCACACCAGAGAACACACACAGGAGAGAAACCUUAUAGCUGUGGUCAAUGUGGGAAGAGUUUUGGUCAAUCUUGCCAUCUGGUAUCACACCAAAGAACACAUACAGGAGAGAAACCUUAUGGCUGUGCUCAAUGUGGGAAGAGUUUUACUACAUCUGGCUCGCUGACUCUACACCAGAAAACGCACACAGGAGUAAAAUCUCAUAGCUGUGAUCAGUGUGACAAGAGAUACUCUGAUAAAAGAUCUCUGAUCAAACAUCAGAAAAUACAUACAUGAAGGAGUUUUUUCAUGAUAUCAAUGAAUUAAUGUCACAUAGUAGAAUGUUUUUAACAUUGUAGUAGGAGUAUUUUAAGGAAUUUCACAAUAUAGAACUCUAAACGUUUGCCUCAUUUAAUUGAUUUCAGCCUUAGGAAAAAUCCAGGCUCUUGAAAGUGUACUAUUUAUGUGAUUUAACAAAAAAGUGACUAACACAACAUAAGUGUUACACUUACCAUGUUGGUGACCCACUUGAAUCAAAAUGCAACACUUCAAAAUGUGGUGCGCUAGCUUUUUUCUACAAAUUGUCCUCUAACCAGUGGUGUACACAUUAUUCCCAGAUUCCGUGUGGUUUUUGAGCUGUUCGUUUUAACAGGACGUGCAACCUCAUCUCCCUCCUCUCGGCACAAUUGAUUUCAACAUAUCGAUGAGUGAUGAGAAAUAAGUGUUGUGUUCCUUUGUUUAGCGACCCCUAAAUUGAAAUGCAUCACUCCAAAAUGUAGCUGACUGUCUUCUGCAGGUUGUCCUCUAACCAGUGAGGUAAAAGAUAUCUCCCAUUUCCAUGUGUUGUUUUUUUUGUUGUCAGUUUCAACAGCACGUACAACCUGAUUUCCCCCCUAAUCAAUAUCAGUUUUUUUUAUUGCUACUUGUCAAAACAACAGCGUUUCUGGUGCUUGUGCAGUUUAUAAGGUGCUUGUUUUAAAAAUGACAAAUAAUAUGAUUAUUGUGGCAGAUGUGUGUGUAAAUAGCACAUUUUAUGUUUCGAUUUUCAAUUUAUCCCUAACUGUUUCUGCAUAUUGGCUAUUGAUUUGGACACGUUAAAACUGUGUUUUGACAUCGGGGCUAUCCCCCAUAGCAAAAUGUCAUUGAAAAUAAGACUAUGCAACUCAAUAUUUCAUAUUUACAUUUCAUGUAACAUUUAGUAAUCAUAAUUAUGUAACCAACUGAGAAUUUUUGGUACAAUUAUAUUGACCCACUUUUUUAUCAGGGUUAAUUCUCAGAUGUGCCAACUCAAAUGCACUAGAGCAUGACAUUGGGGUCUGGGCCCCGAUCCAACAACAUGCCUAUCUAGUGAACCCUGAAAAAGAGAGAAGCUCUGCGGUGAGGUGGAAAGUUAUUACGGAUAUUGCAGGAGUUUCCUCUUGAAAUCAGACAUGUCCGUGGUAAGGACAACUUGGAUGCUGAUUGUCUCAAAAGGUGGGCAGUCAAAAAUAUUUGUGUUUUGCGUUUAGCCAGUGCGUUGUCAUGGAUCACAAUUUAUUUUGACUGCACUUUUUUUGUAUUUGGGAUGAGUUUUGUUUGGGCUCGUUCCAAGGGGAUGAGAGUUUUAGAAGCUGGUGAUUUUUAGGAAUAUGAGAGUUCUAGAAGCUCGUGGGAAAACAAUAUUUUUUUUCUCCCUUUUUUAAAUUGUUGACAGUAGACACCAUGUUUAUAUUGGUAAAGGUGAAUCAUUGUAGUUGAUUAUAAUGUGAAAUGUAAAUUGUUUUCUGUUGGUGGUGAGCAAACUUAUCCAACAAAAAUAUAGGAUAUAUUUGUUGUCUUAACGGGGAAGGUGUUACCGGCUUUUUUUUUCAUUUAUGUUUUGAGGUUGGACUUUCGCCCGUGUAGCUUGUUAGUAUGUUGGAAGAACCGAUUGGUGUCACCUCGUUAGUCAGUAUGUGUUACACCUGUCCAUCUCGUUAGUGGGAAGGUGUUUCACCUGAGCUGUUCCAGGUUCUAUUUAAGAGUGUCUGGCCCAGUGCUCCAGUUGUCUUGAUAAAUCUGGAGAGUCAACACCUUUAGUUGUUCCACCUUUUUGGUUUGCUUCCCGUCUUUAAGUUUGGUGUGGGUUUUUCUUUUGUUUUCCUCUUCUUGGGCAGAUUUAGUGGGUUUCAUGGUGGGUGUCUUUUAUGUCCCAGUUGUUGUUACUAGUCAACUUCCAGUGGACACCCCCAUAGUGUCUUUCAGAGCCCCUCCUAAAACAUGUUUAGUUGUUUUUAGUUGCCUCUUCUGUUUGAGGGACAUUUUUGGUUUUCUUGCUGGAGAAUGUAACAUUAAACAAUGGAGUAAGACCAGAUGUUUUGGGUUGGAUAUUGCAGUGAAUUGUUAAUAUUUUAAUUGAUGACAUUUCCUUAGAAUGCUCAUUAGUCUUCAGUUAUUGUUUUUUAUCCUCUUAUGAAUGUUUUAAAUAUUUGUUUAUUUUCAUUGUUUUUCCUGUGAAGCCAUUGUGUUGCAUCCAUAUCUGAAAUAUGCUGUAUAAAUAAAGCUUGAUUUGAUUGG